AUAUUUAUUUUAUUUUAUAUUAUUUUUAUUUUUAUUUUCACUUUUAUUUUACUAUAACUUUUAUUUAUUUUUUGGGGAUAUAGUUAUUAUAAUCCAGAAUGAUCCACACUCCAUACCAGCUGGUGGCACCAAAUCGUUGUUUGCCAAUAAACCUCAAAGAAGAAGCAGAAGGCAUUACAUAUAGCUCUUGCACACACCGUUUCACAGUGUGUCAGCCUGAUCAAUAACUUAAUAUAUUUAACCACAAUGUCUGGCAGAGGGAAAACAGGAGGCAAAGCCAGAGCCAAGGCCAAAUCCCGCUCCUCCAGAGCCGGUCUCCAGUUCCCAGUAGGUCGAGUCCAUCGGCUGCUGCGUAAAGGGAACUACGCAGAGCGCGUCGGAGCUGGAGCUCCUGUUUAUCUGGCUGCAGUGCUGGAAUACCUGACUGCUGAGAUCCUGGAGCUGGCAGGCAAUGCAGCCAGAGACAACAAGAAGACCAGGAUCAUCCCAAGGCACCUGCAGCUGGCUGUGCGUAAUGAUGAGGAGCUGAACAAGCUGCUGGGAGGAGUCACCAUCGCUCAGGGAGGAGUGCUGCCCAACAUCCAGGCUGUUCUGCUCCCAAAAAAGACUGAGAAACCAGCCAAGAGCAAGUAGAAAACAGUCUCCUGCAGACCUGGACUCAGACUCCCUGCAGACCUGGACUCAGACACCCUGCAGACCUGGACUCAGACUCCCUGCAGACCUGGACUCAGACUCCCUGCAGACCUGGACUCA